AUGGCCGACCAGAUUAACGAGAAGCCUGAGGUAGAGGCAACUGCUCCCGGCGCGCAGGAAGUUCCUGCCGCAGAGAAGCCUACUGAGCCAUCGACGAGCGGGAACGAAGCCGCAAAGGCCGAUGGCGAGGCAAAUAAGGAAGAUACAAAGACCGCUGAGGAAACCAAACAAGCUGGAAACUCAGAGAAACCCGCCGAAGAUAAAGACGCGGCCGAAGCACCGAAGGAGAACUCAAAGCCCACUGAAGAGGGUGCAGAUACCGAAAUGAAGGACGCGACUGAGGCCGCGGCUGCCGGGGAGACCAAGGCCGAGAACUCCGCUCCAUCUGCCGAUGGUGAGACAGCAACCGAAAACGCCGCCACCGAGUCUGCCUCAGCAAAAGCGAAGAACAAUAGACGAAAGUCGACUGGUGGUGCCAGCCGCAAGAGCCUGAGCAAGAAGGCCUCCAAGGCGCGUCUCACGCAUUUAGACGCCAAGCCUGGAGACCACUUCUUGGUCAAGCUCAAAGGUUUUCCCGCUUGGCCUGCCAUCAUUUGCGAUGAAUCAAUGCUGCCACAAGCUCUGGUCGAUAGCCGCCCUGUGGCCGCCGCGCGACCUGAUGGCUCCUAUACCGAGGCAUAUGCUGAUGGUGGCAAACGUGUCAACGACAGAACUUUCCCAGUCAUGUAUCUCCACACGAACGAAUUUGGCUGGGUACCCAAUACUGGACUUACAGAACUUACUCCUGAAAAGGCCAGGGAGACCAUCACCGAGAAAAUGCGCAAGGAUUUGAAAGAGGCAUUCUCGCUCGCUGCCGAGCACAACUCUAUCGAACACUACAAGGACGUGCUCAAGCAAUUCCAAGAUGAACUGCUUGCCAAGCAGCAAGCCGCUGCGACUCCCAAGAAGAGCAAGAAGGGCAAGGCCAAAGCUGCUGACGAAGACGUCGAAAUGGAAGACGCCGAUGAUGCUUCAGAGAAGUCCAAGUCCAAGAAGCGCAAGGCUGAGGAUGACGCCAGUACACCACAACGGCCCGAAUCCGUUAAGAAACCCAAGAUUAAGCUCAAUACAUCAACGCCUAAGGCUGCCAAUGGCACUCCUAAGGCCAAGGAGGAAUCUGCUGCCAAAGCCAAGGUCAAGGUUAAGAAGUCGACUGAUAAGAAGGCUGAGACCACCAAGAAGGCCAAGAUGACACCCGAGGAGCGAAGACACCACAAGGAGAAGGAAGUGUUGUAUCUCCGUCAUAAGCUUCAGCGAGGUCUCCUCACCAGAGAUCAGCAACCCCAGGAAUCAGAGAUGGAACAUAUGUCCGAAUACGUCACAAUGUUGGAGAAUUUGAAGGAUCUUGAGGUGUCCAUCAUUCGUGCGACCAAGAUCAACAAGGUUCUCAAAGCUAUCCUCAAAUUGGAAUCGAUCCCCCGUGAGGACGACUUCCAUUUCAAGGACCGUUCCAAGGUUCUUCUGGACCAGUGGACUCAGCUACUGGCUACUGAAAAUGUCACCCCUGCUCCCGAUGCCACCAACGGCGUCAAUGGCAAAUCGGAAGCCAAGGCAGACGACAAGAAGGACGAUAGUGGCAAGGAGACUACUGAAGAGCCAAAACCUGAGGCGACAAAGACUGAAGAAGCCAAGACUGAGAAGCCCGAGGAGACUGAGGAGGAGAAGAUUGCGGAAACACCACAAGCAUCGGCGCCUGAAGAGAAGAAGGACGAGACCGUCGCUCCUCCCGAGCCUGUUGAAGCUGCUGCCUAA